UCCAGCCUCCUCCGUCCAGCCUCCUCCCCUCCCAGACAGUCCUCAUUUCUUCUUCCCCUAGGCAGCAGCCGGUGGAGCCCCCAGUCUGCCAGAGCCAAGAGCCCGGGUGGGGUUGAGAAUCUCAGCACAGAAUGUUGACGACACUGCUGCCCCUGCUGCCACUGCUCCUGCCCGGCUGGGCCCUCCGCAGCCAGGAAGCCUCAGACGGCCCGUGGGAGCUCCAAAUGAUCCAGGUCUCCUACUUCCGCAACCCCUCUCAAGUGUGGCACCGGGGCAACGCGACGCUGGGGGGGGUCCUGACGCACGUGCUGGAAGGCCCAGGCCACAACGUCUCGAUCCAACAGUUGCAGCCCUUGCAGGAGCCCGACAGCUGGGCACUCACGAAGAGAUACCUGAAUCGCUACCUGGAGGAGUUCGUGGGCUUGGUGCAGGUGGUGCACCAGGAGCGGGGCGUGACCUUUCCUCUGAUCAUUCGCUGCUCCCUGGGCUGCGAGUUGCCUCCUGAGGGCUCGGAAGCCCGUGUCUUCUUCGAAGUGGCUGUGAAUGGAAGCUCCUUUGUAAAUUUCCAGCCGAAGACAGCCUCAUGGGUGGCGGAACCUCAUGCACCGUCCAGAGUGGUCACCUACACGGUUGACCAGCUAAACAAGUACAAUCGAACUCGGUACGAACUGCGGGAAUUUCUACAGGACACCUGUGUGCAAUACAUACAGAAACACAUCACCGCGAACAACUUGAAAGGAAGCCAAACAGGCCGUUCCUACACUUCACUGGUCCUGGGCGUCCUGGUGGGCUGUUUCAUCGUCACUGGAGUGGCUGUAGGCAUCUUCCUGUGCACAGGUGGACGGCGGCGGUGUUGAUUAUCUCCAGCCCUCGCUGGAAAAAGGCUAGACUGAUUCAGCUCACUGCAGAACUGUGCAAACUCUCCGUCUGGGACAUUAUAUUCCAGAAGAUUUAGAGUGGCAGCUCAUUUCUUCUCUGAGAUCUGCCCGCCAAGAGUUUGGGGGAAGGAAGGAGAGGAGCCUAGGCAGACAGGGUACUCGACUUGCUAAGAACCAAAGAACUCCUAUAUUUUGCUGAAUUGGUCUGGGAAGUAAAUGCUUAUUUGUAGUUGUGGAAAACAGAUGAUGGAGUUGGGGCAACAGAGGUGGUCUAUGGCCCUUCUUUCAAAGACAGAAUCUGAGGCAUUCAAAACACACAACCAAGUAAAACAAGUCAUCCGCAACCCAAAUAACCAACAUUCUGUGCUUUCAGUUAUGUUAGUUAGAUUUGGGAAGAGACACUGGUGCAAUAGAGGUAGUGGUAACCAGAGAAAUGAUGGAAGUGUGAAAUUCAAGUAAUAUGGGACCAAGGAGUUAUUAAGUAAUCAAUAAUAAUAACUAAUAAAAUUCCUUACUUAUGUA